AUGUCGUUUCUGGGUUUCGGUUUCACGCGGAGGACUCCGCGCGAGUUGUAUGACCACGUCAAGAAUGCCACGGGAUAUCUAUCUUUGUCCGACAGCUUGAUUCGUGCGACGGAAGCGCAAUCGGUUGGUGAAGCACUCAAAGUGAACAGGACGCUCACGAAGAUCAAUCUGAAUGAGAAUCUGUUUGGCCCCGCUGGAGCGAGCGCGAUUGCGGAGGGACUCAGCAUGAACCAGGGGCUGACGAAUCUCUAUGUCAACUACAAUGAGAUUGGCGAUGCUGGAUCGCAGGCGUUUGCUGAUGCACUCAAAGUGAACAGGACAGUGAAGGAGCUCCUUCUGCAGAAUAAUCUGAUCGGUGAAGCUGGAGCGCAGGCAAUUUCGGAGUCGCUCAAAGUGAACAGAACGUUGACUACGAUCGGUCUGGGCUGGAAUGAGAUUGGUGAUGCUGGAGCGAAGGCGAUUUCUGAGUCGCUCAAAGUGAACAGAUCGUUGACUUGCAUAGGGCUGACUGGAACCCACAUUGGCACUGUUGGAGCACAAGCGAUCGCUGAGGGACUCGCAGUGAACAGAACGUUGACUUCGAUCGGCUUUGGUGAGAAUCAGAUUGGCGAUGCUGGAGCGAAAGCAAUUGCUGAAGCACUCAAAGUGAACACGACGCUGACUUGCAUUUCUCUGAUACAAAGUCAGAUUGGCGAUGAUGGAGCCUGCGCGAUUGCUGAGGCACUCAAAGUGAACACGACGUUGACUGAGAUCGUUCUGUACACUAAUCAAAUUGGCGACGUUGGAGCGCAAGCGAUCGCUGAGGCGCUCAAAGUGAACAAGACGGUUACGAAGAUCCAUCUGCAACAGAAUCAGAUAGGCGACGCUGGAGCAAAGGCGAUUGCGAAGGCACUCAAAGUGAACACUACGGUGACUACACUCCGUUUGUGGGACAAUUUCCUGACGAAGGCUGGAAUCAAGGCGCUCAAACAAACGGGCAACAUCCUUUGUUCAUUUGUGGACAGUAUUGGGGCGGAUGGACUUGACCAGCAGCGUGUUCCAUCGCCUGCCGACUUGGCUCAGAUUGCAGCUCGUGCAGCAGCAAACGCUCAGCCUCAACCUUCUGUCGAUCUUGCAACCGAGAAUCAGCAAUCGCGCUCCGAUCUCGCUGACAGCGACCAAAAGGUCGCUGCCAAAGACCAAAAGGUCGCUGCCAAAGACCAAAAGGUCGCUGCCGAAGACCAAAAGCUCACUGUCAACGACCAAGAGCUGCAACAACUUCGCUCAAAUUUCGCUGCCAAAGACCAAGAGCUGCAACAACUUCGCUCAAAUUUUGCCGCCAAAAGCCAGGAGUACACGACCAAGCUCACUGCCAAAGACCAAGAGCUGCAACAACUUCGCUCCAGUCUCGCCGCCAAAAGCCAGGAGUACACGACCAAGCUCACUGCCAAAGACCAAGAGCUGCAACAACUUCGCUCCAGUCUCGCUGCCCGAAGCCAGGAACUCGCUUCCAAAGGCAAGGAGCUCGCUACCAGAGACCAGAGGCUGGCCACCAAAGACCAAGAGCUGCAAUCACUUCGCUCCAAUCUCGCUGCCAAAAACAAGGAGCUGGCUACCAAAGACCAGAGGCUCGCUGGCAAAGACCAAGAGUUGCAACACCUUCGCUCCGAUCAUUCUGGCAGCGACCAGAAGCUCAUUGCGAAAGACCAAAGGCUCGCUGCCAAAGACCAGGAGCUGCAACAACUUCGGUCAGAUCUCGCUACCAAAAACCAGAAGCUCAUUGUUCAAGACCAGGAGCUCGCUGCCAAAGACCAGGAGCUGCAACAGAUUCGCUCAGAUCUCGCUUUCAAGGAUACCGAACUGAAAUCAGCCUUUGGUCGGAUCGAAGUACUCGAGCGCAGCCAACCAGCGCUUGAAUCCGCGUCAAGUUUUGACGAAACCAUCCCUCGAGUUCCUUUUGCAGUUCUUGUCAGCGCCACGAACAAUUUUGCUGCGGAUUCCCUGCUCGGCGAAGGUGCAUUUGGUCGUGUGUACGGCGCUAGUUUGCCUGGACCGCCUGUUGCGGUCGCCAUCAAGAAGCUGUCCGCCGAAUCCAAGCAAGGCGCUGCCGAAUUCAAAUCGGAACUGGACUCUUUGUCGAAGUUCCGCCACGCAAACAUCAUUGCCAUUCUGUCGUAUGCUGAGGAAGGCGACGAGCGAUGCCUGGUCUACGAGUUCAUGCCGAAUGGUUCGGUUCGCGAUCGCUUGAAUUUGAAGAACAACACGCCUCCGCUGACCUGGUCCCAGCGCCAUCGUAUUGCUGUCGAUGUCUCCCGCGGCAUGCACUAUGUCCAGACAGCCUUCCCCGAUCAUGCACUGUUCCACCUCGACCUCAAGACGGACAACGUUCUGCUCGACGCGCAUUUCAACGCAAAAGUGUCGGAUUUUGGUCUUGUCCGUGCUGCCAAACACCUCGAUGAGAAGAGCUACGUUCGCACGCAGAACGUGCAAGGCACCGCUGUUUACAUGUGUCCGGAGUUUCUUUUCGAGGGCAGAAUGACCACCAAGACCGAUGUGUUUGCAUUUGGCCUGAUUCUGCUCGAGCUAUUGACCGCCGCCAAGCCUGGGCCCAGACUGAAAAACGAGAUGCGGAAGGCUGUCAAAAACCAAAACAUCGUUGAGAUGCUGGACUCGGUUCUCAAACCAACCGAAGCAGAGCUCCCGAGCAUCAGCGAGCUUGUCACUCUUGCGCUCGAGUGCCUUGACGAAGCUGCCGAUGAACGUCCGUCUUUCGGCCGCCUCCUUGCGACAUUGGAUCCUUGAUGACAGAUGGAAAAUUGUUGUGUAUUGUUGUGUAUCAGCAUGAAGUUUCAG